CAAAACGUGUUUUCAUUUUGACAAAUCCACACACCCGCUCGUCACUAUAGCAUUCACUAGGCGUCCUCUUUCACCUCCGUUCUCUCUCGUCACCGCCUCCUCCUCCUAACAUCCUCCGCGAACGGGGCGCUCCGCUAAAAUGCGCCGUGCGUGACUCACUCUAUCUCCAUUACAAGUCACUGCUCACUCUUUGAUCUCUCUCUUUCUCUGAGAAACUUCACAGUCCAGCUUAAGCGAAACUGUGAUGGCGAAUUGGAUCUCAUCCAAACUCAAAGCAGCCGAAAGUAUUCUCCAUCAGAUCGAUCAGCAAGCGGCUGAUUCGCUUCGCAAGAACGAAACGACUCCUGCCGACGAACUAAAUUUUGAUUCACCAACAAAAACCGGAGACGUUGUGCCUCUGAAGGAUCAAUUGAAGAAGAGAACGUUAGAUAACAAUGACUAUCAAGGCAAAUUGCUCAGAGAUCCAAAUUUUACCACACCUAAUACUAGGGACAAAGAGAUUUCUAGUUCUCCAAAACCCUCUCCCAAACCCAAGUCUACGCUUACGGAUAGUGACUGGACCGAGCUCCUUAGUACGCCAAAUCAGAGCACAAAUUCUGGGGUGAAUCGCAGUAAUGGGGGAACUGUGAUUCGUGGGUUGAAGAAGAAGGAUGGUAAGAGACAGGGGAGUUCAGGGUCAAAUUUGUUGGUAUCGGAGGUAAAGAGGAAUCAAAAGAAUACUAAUAGUGUUUUGAAGUCAGGGCAGAGGUUGGGAGAGGGAAGUAAGUUAAAUGGGAAGGUGGGUGAUGGGGAAGACUCUAGCUCUUCUGAUUCGUUGGGGAGGUCUUCAAGUGUUGAUUUGCAGAGGGAUGGUAGGUACUUGAAAGGGAGAGAAAGUGAGAGAAAUGAAGCAGGUGUGAAGCUUGUAGGAAAACCAAAGAGUGAGGGAAAUGAAGAAGAUGGUGGGAUUUUUGAGUCGAAGGAAAUUCCUUUUGAGAAUUCUUCAUGGUCGUUGAGCAAGAGUCAACCUAUGGAGAUGUUGUCGGUCUUGGGGAAGGUUGAUGGGGUAUCUGAUGUGAAGACAAGGGUGGAUAAUGUUGAAGGCAGGUUAACAAGUAAUAUCAGGGGGAAGCACGAAACCCUUGCAGCCUUCCGAAAUUCUGUCUCUGAUGAUUUAAAGAGAGGUUCUUCCUCAACAACUCACGGGAGCUCUGAUUCGGAUUCAGAUUCAGGUUCAUCUUCUGACUCUGAAAGUGAACGCGAGAGGGAGGAAAAGAAGAGGAGGAUGGAGAAGAUUCUGGCUGAGAAAGUGGCAGCUAGAGCUGUGGAGGCUAUCAAAGAACGGGAGAACAGGGUUGCCAGAUUAGAGGGGGAGAAGCAGAGCUUGGAGAAAAUAUUUGAGGAACGAGCUAAACAACAAGCACAAGAGGCUUCAGAGCUGCAGACAACCAUGAUGGAAACACUAGAAGCUGUUGACUUCGAGAAACUGAAGCAUAAUAAUACUAGAAGGGAAGCCUUUGCACGAUUGGCUAAAUUAGAGACUGCCAAUGCUGAUCUUGCAAGAUCCCUUGCUACCAUGCAGUGGAAUAUUGAAGCACAGGUUAAUCGGGUAGCAGAACUCCGACAACAAAUUGACCUGAAAGAAGCAACCCAUGAAGAGCUCAGGAGAAGGAUCUCAGAUUCUUACCAGACUGGAACGUCUCUAAAACAAUUAGCUGCUUCAAAAGGAAUUGAACUUGAACGAGAGAUACUUGAGGCAGAGUACUCUAUUAUAUCUGAUAAAGUCGUACAAUUGCAAGAUAAGGCAAAGAAGCUGGAAGAAAACAUUGAAAUGACAAGGAAAGAGAUGGAGGAUCCAACUGAAGUAGAAAUUGAGCUCAAGCGAAGGCUUGGUCAGAUGACUGACCAUUUAAUCCAGAAACAAGCCCAGGUCGAGGCUCUCUCCUCAGAGAAGGCGACUCUUCUCUUCAGAAUUGAGGCGGUUUCAAGGUUACUAGAUGAAAACAAGUCUGUUACUUCAUCGAGGGACGUGGAAUCAGGAACGUGGAUGCUCUCAGAAUCAAACUUGGGACCUCUGCUUCAUGAUAGGAUUCGUUCAGGCAGGAAGCACUUGGGAUCAUUGCUCCAGCAGUUGGACUCUAUUUUCUUGGCUGGUGAGGUAUUUCUGAGGAGGAAUUCCAGAGCGAAGGUGUGGUCUCUGGUUUACCUUGUAUGCCUUCACUUCUGGGUCAUCUAUAUUUUAAUGUCCCACUCUCAAGAAUCAGAUGGGGCUAAAUCUGGUGCUAUCAUUUCCUUGGAAAACAUCAAUAACACUGCAGGUGUAUGAUUUGUAAUAAAUGGUGCCUUUUUUUUUUUU